UUGACGUAUGCGUGGUGCUUUGGCGCCAGCUAUUUCGCGGGACAGUAGGACAACAACGCGGUGUGUAAUUUAUACGAAAGAGCAGACCGAGUGUCGUUUAACAAAACAAGCCGACACUUGAAGCACAUUGGGCGCUGAAAUCUCGAAGCGGUCGGCUGCUGUCCUUGCUGCUUUUGGCGGUGCGUCAUUUCUGCGGCUAACUUCGCUUUAGGAGCCCGAGCUGCGCGGCGGUUCUGUGCUCCGUGUGUGGCGCUGUGCAGCAAUUAACGAUGAUGGCGUCGGCGGAGCCUCCGAACAACUUCAGCAUCGUCCCCUUGCUGGAGUGUCUAGAGGACAGCGCCGCUGGAUGCCCUGAGCAGACUGACGCCUACCUCACCAUUGCCAAUCGGCUCAGUGGAGAGGAAGGCCGCCAGUUUCUUCCUGCCGUGACAAAGCACUUUUCUCGCUUGGGUAAUGCCAUCUUGAGUCAUGUAAGCAGUCAGCAUGCUGAGCUGAGCCAAGCCGCUCUACAAGCUUUGGGCUUUUGUGUCUAUCAUUCGCACGUUGUCUCUGGAGUGUCUGAAACGUUCACCACAGAAAUGCUCUCCGCACUUUGCUCCCUUGUGGCCAAAUCGCCGGAGAAGAACACUUGCACCAGAGCCUUAUGGGUCAUCUCCAAACAGAACUUCCCUGCCGCUAUGGUGGGCAAAAAGGUGCCAUGUAUACUGAGCAUGCUGGAGAGCGUUUGGAGCAAAGGGGAAGUGCAGUCGGUCGUUGUGGAGCAUGAGGCUCUGAAUGUAGUCAUCAGGCUGCUGGAGCAGGUUCCAGCUCAGAUGGGAGAGUGGGCUGUGUGCUGGGCCAAGCUUGUCAUCCCUCUGGUGGUGCACUCGACUUCCAAGGUGCGACUGCGGGCAGCGGCUGCCUUGGAGAUGGGUUUGCCUUUGCUGCUGCAAAAACAGAUGGAAGUGGCUGCUAGCAUUGAGCCCUUGAUGUCUGCGAAACUGAUUCCAGAGCUACAGAAGCUUUUCAUGUCCAAAAAUGAAAUGAAUGUCCUCAAGCUCUGGCCAUUAUUUGUAAAACUUCUCGGGAAGCUGCUCCACCGAGGAGGUCCCUUUAUCAACUCGUUGCUCCAUUUGGAGGAGCUGGGCUUUCGCAGCUCCUCUCCUACCGUCAAGAAAAUCGCUUUUAUCGCCUGGAAGAGUUUGAUCGAUAACUUUGCUCUUAAUCCAAACAUCCUUUGCAGUGGAAAGCGCAUGAAGCUUCUCAUGCAGCCCCUCAUGUCGAUCAAUAUUCGUACAGAGAUGCUAAUGCUUACCAAGGUGGAGGUGUGGUGGUACCUAGUGGUCCAACUUGGCCCCAACCUGUCGCCCCACUUUGAUUUGGUGUCACUCCCAUUGCUACAGUGCACCAUUGGAUCUGAAGCCACCUCGGCCCCAGCCACCCCUGCCAGGGGUCAGAAUGACGUUGCAACACCCAGCACACCCAAAUCUGCAGCCCCAACGGCAUUCAAUAGCCUGACACCCAAUUCGUCUCGACUGAACCUGAACUCCAGCAUGCAGCCCUCCUCCUCCUCCGUCCCCUCCAUAAAGUUGCUGGGCCUGGAAAUGCUGCUCCACUACUUCCUGGGACCUGAUGUGGUCUCCACAGCGACCAAAAGCAAGCUGGUCCUGACUCUUGAGCCUUUGAGGUAUCCGCUGUUGAGUGCUGCUUCUUCCUUUAGCAAGCAUGCUCCUGCACUCAUUUCCAGCAUCAAAGAUGGCUUCAACAAUGUCGGCAAGGAUGCUCCAGAUGCCCUUUUGGCACUUCUAUGGGAUCAUCUUGUACAUUAUGUUAUGCUGACCAUUGAGUCUGGAAGUAAGAAGGACCGACACGGCUGUGAAGUUCUGACCCUCAUGCUUCAAGCCCUACAGAACGUGGUGUGCUCACAAGUUCUUCCUGCAGACAAAGUGCUGGUUCUCUUCGAGAGCACCGUGAAAGGCAUCUCCCCACGUGUACUAGGCUCCGCCUCCUACCAAGUGGGCAAGAUGGAUGUGCUGAAUGGAACACCGGCACUGUUCCUCAUUCUGCUCCUCUUUGACAGCAACAUGCUGGCGGCCUACAUCGAAGACGCCAGGUUUUAUCAAUGCCUCCAGACACUCGUGGGCUGCAGCUUGUCGGGCCCCACCUCCCCACUAGCCUUCGCCGAGGCAGUGUUGGCCGCGGCUGGCUGCAGUGCCGCCUCAGUGCAGAGCAAGGAGCACCUGUUGAGGAUGUGGAGCGUCGUGGUCGCCCCGCUCACAGACACAAUCACACAGUCUAAUGAAGUCAACCAAGGGGACGCCCUGGAGCACAACUUCAGCGCCGUCCACUCUGCCCUAAUGUUCCCCAUCACUCACCUGCUGAGUGGCUCACCUCAGCAGCAGGCAGCCCAGAAGUCCAUGCUGUCUACUUGGUCCAAACUGUACAAGGUGUUUGCACGCUGUUCGGCUCUGGUGGUUACCGCAGAGGAGAAUGUCUGCUGUGAGGAGCUCUGUGUUAAAAUGGCCGCCGCGGUGGAUCGAGAUACUCUCACAGUUCCAUCCAUGCUGACAACUGUUGCCUGCAUCCUUCAAGUCAUGGUGGAAUGUAUGGACUUCUCUCCCUACACAUCACAGUUCCAGCAAAAACUCAAGUCUCCUCACACUCCAGUAAACUGGACCAAGAAGAGAAGCAAGGCUCUUGGCAACCUGUCCACCUUCCAUUCCCUGCUGGUUCAGUGUCUGGAUGUUUACCUGGCAGUGGAGGAUGUUCCAUCAGAAACCACGGGCAUAGCCCUGCUCUCUGUCUUGUCUGCCCUCUUCACCAACCUGGUGCUUGCUAACGCUGUAAAAGAGGCUCUGACCGCCCUCAUUCCGCAUCUCGUUGGUCUCUACAAGCAAGCAACCUGCAAGCCCCCCAGAUUUACAACACAGAUUAUGACCAAAAUGGAGAAGCUUCUGGGAGAGGUCUUAGUCUGCAUUCAGAGCUGCUCCAACUUGGCCACUGACAAUGAGCUCCUGGCUCUGCUUUCACCGUUGCUCUGUGUGCUGUUCCCACACAAAAUCAAGCAGCACCGCACGGCUGUCACCCACUUCUGGAAUUCCACCUUUGCUAAUGCGGUCGGCCUCAUCUACCCGGAUGAGCUCAGGCCAGUUCUGAGCCAAGUGAAGCAAAAUACUCCCAUCAUUCUUCCUGGCUUUGAGACAAUUAAUUUGGCCGACGAGCUCAGUGGACAGUAUUCCAGGGAGAAUUCCCAGUUAGAAACCAAACUCAGUGGUGUGACAGUUGCCUCUACUACGAAGAGGGACUCUCUGCUUGUAGAGAGGGAGGAGCUGAGUAGACGAAGCUCCUUGAGAACCUCCAAAUCUGUUUCUACAAAACUGGAGUUUGGCUCCAUCAAGGUUCCUCGCAGGGAAGUACUGGAUGAGGAGGCCUCUGUUGACUUUGUCUUCAUUCCACCGGAAGCAAAGGAGAGAGUUUUAACAGAACACCAGAAGGAAGUUAAAAGGACCAAGAGGGUUGACAUACCUGCCAUGUACAACAACCUGGAUGCCUCUUUGGAUACUACAGUUUUCACGCAGUACACGCAGAGCCAAGAAGACUCUCUGAGCAAAUUAGCCACCGAAGAAGCUGACAAAGCUGCAAUGAAAGCUUCCGCUGAGUUAACUCAGGAGACAAAUGAAGUUGCUGACGUUCGCCCGAAGACUCAAGACUUUGCAAUCCAGAAAGCCUCGGAAAAUGAAUCAGCGAAGGAGGAACAGGAAAUUAUACCAGAGUCAAUGGAUGUUUCCGUAGAAGAAGAUGCCAGAUGCAAUGGCAGUGUAGCAGAUAAGGACACACAAGUGGAUAAAAACACCAGUCCCAACAUGUCAAGCUCUUCAGAUUUAGUCUCUGGAACACCCCAGAAGUCAAGUGGCGGCAGCCGCCGUCAAUCCUUCAUUACGUUGGAGAAAUAUAUUGAAAGAAAGUCUACGAGCCCCAGUACUGCAUCCUCGUUCACAGGUCCCCUCAUGAAGACUUCUGGUUGCCAGGACUCAAACAGCCUCUCCCGAGAGGGUUCCCAGAAAGCCCUUGAUCAAAAUUCUCAGCUGUCCUCACAGGCACUGUCAAAGUGUCCAGUAAGUGACCUCCAAGAGUCACCGCGAAGGCGCAAAUUAGACAGCGAGAGGAAACUUGAGCCUGUAAGGCUGACUGAAAGGUUGUCGAGUCAUGAAGAAGUUGAUGAUGUCAUCCCAGACACUCAGACUGAAUUUGUGGCCAUGGACAAUAGCUCCGUGUCUUCCACAUCAGAUGACAUGAGAAGCUCCAAUCCAGAGGGGGAUUCUCAAGAGACUGGAGAUGAUUCUCAGUUUUCCGAGAGUUUGACUUCCCCGGGUGAGCGGAGACACCGUAAGCACGCUAAACAUCUCCUCCCAGGAGAAAGGCCACUUGAUUCAAGCACACCACUGAACAGACCCAAUACGAGAAGCAAGGUGGCGAGUAGUAGAAUUCAGCUGAGGUCUCAGGGUGACAGUUCCUCAAGUCAAACUAAGUCUCCAGUUCGAUCACAUAGGAAGGUCAAGCUGUACAGCAGUUCAGGGAGUUUCCUCCUUGAACCUGAAGAAAAAAAGAGAAGACCCAGAUCGCAAGAGUCAAGUCAAACAGACCAGCUGUCUGAAUCUGAAAGCCGAUCACAGCCAAAGCGCGGCCGACCUCGAAAGUCCCUGGCAGAGACCAAGCAUAAUCAUCUGAAGCGUCAAAAAAUUGCCAGUCAAACGAACUUAAAAUCCGACUCCCAGUCUGAUUCUGAAAGCCAGUCAGAGCAAAGGCACAGCAAAUCCUUACGGGGGCCCAAGGAGGACAGUCUUCAGAACUCAAAGCCUGUAUCCGAGACUGUGUCCAGUCAGUGUGAGUUGCAAUCAGGCACUCCAUCUGAUUUCGAAAGACAGUCGCUGCGAAAGCGUGGGCGACCUCCCAAAUCCUUAUCGAAGCCUAAAGAGGAAGUCCGGAGGGGUGCAGCACAGUCUGAGAAAUUGCCCAGUCAAGCGGAUAUAUAUUCAGACACUCGGACUGAUUCUGAAGAAAACUCACAAAAAAAUGGCUGCCGCCCAAGUGAUUGUUUCAAGGACCCCAACGGGGUUGAUCUUAAGCCCGGAUCAAUGUCUGAAAAAACAUCCAUGCAAUCAGAAACUCGGGCUGAUUCUGAAAAGCAGUCACAGCAACAUUGUGGCCAACGGUGCAGUUCUCUGUUGGAGUCAAGAGAGGAGGGCCUUAAAAUGUCUGAGGAAAUAUCCAGUCAAACCAACUUAAAAUCACACACUCUGGCCAAUCAGAAAUCAGACGGACAACAUGACCUGCCUGCCACAUCCUUUAUAGAGCCUAAGGAGGAGGAUCUUAUGAAUGCAGAGAUGAUGUCUGAAAAGGUAUCUGGUCAAAUUGACUUACAAUCAGAAAUUCAAUAUGAUACUCAAAUUGAGAAACAGGGAAGGAGUAUCAUCAUUUCCAAAUCCUUACCAGAAUCUGAGGAGGUUCUUGAGAUGCAACCCACGUCCAGCCAAACAGACUCACAAUCGGACACGGGGUCUGAUGCCGGAAGCCAGGCACAGCAAAAACGUGUCAGACAUUCAAAAUCAUUAAGUAAGAUUUUGGAAGGAGGCGACUCCCAGUCGCAGGUUUUGUCUGAACCCGUAAAAUCUAGCCAGACUGACUUGUACAAGCUACCAAAACAAAUUAAAAAGGAUGAUAAUAGGUCAGGUUCUCAAAUAACCAUUGUCUCACCCGAAACUGAUGGCCAAACACAAGAAAUUGAAUUCUUAGUACAGUGCAAAAAACGAGAAAAAGAUUCUCAGUCUAUUGCUUCUUUAACUAGUAACACCAUCCAAGGAGUAAGCACGCCAGCUUGCAUUCUUAGUAAUCAGGAGGACAUCGCCAAAGAUGAACCUGAAACUGAAUCCAGUCAAGAAGACACACAAGAGAUUACGCCAACAUCCACUGAUAGUCCGCCUCUGCCACGACGUAGACGAAGGAAGGCAUCGUCAGAGACAGCAGAAGAUAAGAGUGAACCAAAGGCCUUGCCCAGAACGCAGAGUCGGUCUCAUUCUCAGGACAAUAGUCCAACAGAAGCUGGUGAAAGAGGUCGGACAAGAAGUAGCAAGGUACAGUCCAACUCGAGUGCCACUUCCACUCCAGAAAGCUCCCAGUCUUUUGAUGUUGCGGGAUCCACAGAGUCUUCUCAAGGCAGGAAAUCCAGACGGAGAUCUUCCAAAGUCUUCACAGCCACCACAGAGGCAUUAAAAUCUGAAUUGGCAGAGGCCAAAGAAAAAUAUUCCCUGCCUCUAAAGAGACUGAAAUCCCAAGGGACAUCACCAAGUCCCGUCACUGUCAAAUCUGACAUUGACUUUAUUGCUGCAGAAAAGAAUUCUGUAGAUGCAGAAAUGUUGGAAACUGCUCAAGUACAAGAGGACUCCCCUAAAAGCCUAAAUUCAAUCCUUUCUGAACCACCGGAUAUGUCUGACAUCUGCAAAGAAAUCCAAAUGAAUUUUGCCGCUGCUGAAGCCCUGGAACCUGAAAACCCUGAGCCUGAAAUUACCUCUCUCAGCUCAUCGCCUAGCAAGAGGAAAGGAAGGCGACGAAAGUCCCGAAGAAAAGCAAACUCUGCUUCUUCACAAGAGAGUAACACCGGGGACGUGGAAUCAUCUGAAAUGUUGGCAUCGCAAGGCACUCUUACUGAGCAGAGUCAGGAGGGCUUGGAUUCUCAGGCUUUUGCUGCACCCACCAAGACUCUCUCUGAGGGGGCGAAAGAGAAGCUGCAAGUCUCAGAGUCCUCACCAGAGGAGGCUACACCGAUAGUUGUAGGAAAGCAAUGUCCUUCUGUCAAUGAAGAUCACACAGUUGUCCCAGUGGAGGAAGCUCAGAGUUGCGCUCUUGGACGAAAGCAAGAAGAGUGUUCAAAUGCUGCAGAGGGUUCAGCCGCCAAUAUAGAGAAGACAUCACACCCGGUGUUAGAAGACAAUCUACCCCUACAUGAGGGUCUUCGGGAUGAGGAGGUACCUUUCACACGAUGUCAAGAUGAGGAGAGAACCCAGAUGUCAAACACAGAUGGCGAUCCAAAAACUGCUCAAAGUGACGUUUGUACCACUGAAUCAACAUUGAGCGCAAUCUCCCAGGAUUCUUCUCCGGCAAAGCUGAAGGACCUGGAGGCGGAGUUGAUGCCAGACUUGGUCCAGAGCCCGUGCGGUAACAAGACCAAAGGAACCUGGUCGCCUUCAGCCUCUCCCUCAACCAGCAUUCUCAAAAAAGGGCAGAAGAGACCUGUGGAGGAGGAGACACCCUCACCUCUCGUCAAGUCCAGGCGCGUGUCUUUUGCUAAUCCCAUUCAACACCAGGAGACGGCCGACGACAUCGACCGCCGCAGUCCUGCUGUCAGAACGAGCUCCCCCAGAAGAGGCAAAGUCGGCACCAUACCCCAACCAAAAUUUGUCACAACGCCAACAAAAAGGCCGCUGACUAUAAGUCCCAGGAAUCUUCACAGUCCAAAUUUCAGGAGUUCCAAAAAAUGCCUGAUUUCGGAGAUGAGUCGGGAGCCUCGGCCCGUUUCCAAAAACUGCAUCUAUCCCGCCCUGGUCGGAUGCGCCGCACCCAUCGAAGCGGUACUGCCUCAGAUAUCGUCCAACAUUUGGUCCCGUGGUUUUGGGCAGCUCGUGCGAGCACGCAACAUCAAAACGGUCGGCGACCUCAGUGCUCUGACUCCCAAUGAAAUUAAGACUCUACCUAUUCACUCACCAAAGAUUUCCAAUGUCAAGAAAGCCCUCAAGUCCUACGAGCAGCAGCGGAAAGGCCGAGGGUUAGAUGAGCUGAAGAGUUUCGUGGAGAUGGAAAUGAUGACUUCGGAGCCGGAGGAGACGCCUAACCAGGAUGAAGAAGAGAAAUCCGCCAACAUGUUAGCCACAGAUUUAACCAAUGAGCCCGCUCCUGCCAAGCUGGAGGAAGAGCGGUCUGAGGCAACGCCAGACUCAAGUGCGUCUGGAGCAUCCAAGGACCCGCCGGCAGGUCCCGAGGGUCUUCUGGCCCAACUGGAUGCCCUCGACUGUGCAGUGACGCCGCCCCAUCUGAGCGGCUGCUCGCCUCAGCAGCUGUUUGACGUCCACGAGCACCUGAUGCUUCUGAUGAGGCGAGUGAUGUCUGAGAUGCAGAGCCGCAUCGCCCCCGCCAAUGAGCAACUCUGAACGCACCAUGAACUGUGACACCCCCCGCCCCCCCUCAACCUCUCUUUUUAAAGACAGCCUCAAUUUUAGAGAAGUGUGAUAAAUUUGAUGAUUUUAUUCUCUGCUUCUUAAACUUUAACUGCAUUAUCAAAAGCAAACACACCACCUUGAACUGUGAUCCACCAUAUUCCAGAGUUGUACAUACACCUUAUUCCUCACGUGCGUGUUUGUAGAAUGUUUACAUUGUAUAUAUUAUGUAGAAACACUUUUUUUUUGUCUUGUGUCACAUGCACAUAGUGGCCUGCACAUGUUUUUAGAUGUACCCUUAAAGUGGUUCAAAUAAAAAGAUUGGACUGAA